AUGAGUGGAACUGACGAUAAUUCAGCUGUAGGUGGCUUGAUGCACUUAUUGAGGGCCACUAAUAACGGUGCCGCAGAUGGUACUGGAAUUGAUGUUUUAGUUACCCAGGCAAGAAACUUACUAGGCAAUAAUAUUCCUCCAGUAUUGAUUGAUUAUACUAUGGGAUUACAAAACAACAUAUUUGGAUCAUAUCCUGACAAAAGCGAUAUAGCCCCUAGUGCUGUGUUCUUAGCAGUUUUCGCAGUAAUCGGUAUUGCGCAUUUGGUAUUAUUCUUCAUAAACUUUUCCAGAGGACAUUAUUUCUACUUGUCGUUAAUAUGGACCUUCUAUUGUAUAUUGAAGGUAGUUGGGUGGGCCCUUAGAGUAGCGUGGGCCAACGAUAUUACCAUGGUGAAGCUAGGGAUUGCGGACGAGGUGCUUUUGAUUUUGUCGUCGAUUAUCUUGGUUGCAGUCAAUUUGAUAUUGGCUCAAAGAUUAUUUACAUGGAGACAUCCAGUUGGUGGGUCCAGAAGAUUGUUUAACUAUACUAUGUACUUGCUUUAUUCUGUUGUUGCAGCAGUUAUUGCUAUGACCAUCGUCGCAUCAGCCGUACCAUAUACAUACUUAUUGUCCGAGCAUGCGUACGAGAGCUACAAGAAUGUAGUUAAAGUGAGUGCCAUUUUGAUUAUAUUGUAUUCAUUAACAGCAGUCAGUUUGAUUGCCUUAUCGUAUUUCUUCAAGCCAACCACCAAGGAUGAAAACUUAUACACAUACCAACCAUGGUGGAUUGAAUCGUUCCACCCGUUCUAUUUUGUUAGUCCAAAUGCGGCCCAGGAGGCCGAAGAGUCUUUCAUGAAAAGAAACCACAAUCAUCGUCACGCCAUUCGAGUUAUUGCCUCGACCCAUCAUCAUUAUAAUAUGGUUGAGGGUUUAACUAAUCAGAGAGGUACUUUAGCUCAUAACAAGUCUUUGGGCAUUAUCUUAUUUACCACCUUGGCCAUCUUCGUGGGUGCUAUCGUCAGAGCUGUAGCAGUAUUUCAAGCCAGAUUCAAUAGAGACUCAGGGCCAGCAUGUAAUCCAAUUGCGGCUUAUAUGUGUUGGGGGGUAUUGGAAGUUCUAGUCAAUUUACUGUAUCUUAUCGGUAGAGUCGAUUUGAGAUUCUAUAGACCAGAUGUAUUACCAGCUAAAAUCAGGGCUAUUAUUACGGCCGAACAGACAUACUAUCCUUCAGAUAACGAGUCAGACGAGAUUACUUCCUCGACUAGCGAAACAGACUACUAUAAUGAACAAAAACCCAGUAAUAAUGCAUUUCAUUUCGAAAAUCAAAGAAGCCAGAAUGCAGGUGCUCAUCCGUAUAAUAACCUAACAAGUCAGAGAUUCCCUAACGAGAAAGCACCAGGAUACCCCACUGAGAAGUACCCUAAGGAAAAGUUUAUGUCCGAUGACUUUGAUGAUGAUGAGAAACUUGAUUUCAAUGAUAAUGAUUCAGAUUUCUACUUUUAA